ACAGCUGCUGCAGGUCGGACCGGCUGCGCGUUGGCUGAUUUGCGUGUCAGUCAAGCACGCCGUGCCCGUGACUCCUGACUAGUGUUUUGUCGCGAGGAAACCGUAGGCUACCGACUGAGUGCACGGUAAAUGCUAAGCUAUCUAAACGACAGUUUCGGCUAAUACAGCAGCGGUUGACUCGUGUGCACAGAUGUUGCUGUGGACAUGAACUGACCCAAGACAGUGGCCCCUAGGGCUGUCCUUGGAGAGGAAGUGAUGUAUUACAAUGGGCGGAGGCGGGGACAGGAUGGCGUCGGCGCGGUCAUUGACUUCCUAUUGGCCAACGCGCGGCUGGUCAUCGGAGUGGGAGGAGCUGCCAUACUGGGGAUCGCCACACUGGCAGUGAAGAGGGUCAUUGAACGUGCAGGAAGGAGGGCGGAGGAGAACAAGCCGAUGACGGACAGCUGGGAGGAGCUUAGCCUGGUUAGCUCCUCCCCUAAACUGCUGAAGAAGGGAAUUGAGGAUGUGGUCAUGAAGAAGAUCGCCGUAGCAACCCGAAAAGCUGAUCUGUCCCAGGCGCUCCCCGCUGCUCCUGCGCUGGAUAUCCGCCCUGCAGAGCGUGAGCGUGUGUGUGAGCGUGUGUGUGUGGCGACUCCUCCUCCCCCGCGUGUGUGUGUGUCGCUGCAGGAGCGUCUGGCGCAGUACUACGCGGCGCGCGUGUGUGUUCCCGCCCCCGUUGCCAUGCGCGCUCAGAGCCGCGCCCUCGAGGUUGCCACGGAGAUCCAGGCCUUCCUGUGCGCCAAACACCCGCACAUGCCCCUCGGAGAAAUGCGCCUGGCCGGGUCACUCCUCGACGACCUGCAGGUCAUCAGCGCUGACCACACCACCCUACUGGUCCACCUACAGGUGGAGGACUCGCUGUGGUCGGCAGUGCGCGGAGAGGACACCUUCCUGUCCCACCCCCAGCUGUAUCUGAUUCGCCGAGAGAACCUGGAGUACUUCCCCCGGGGGCGGAGCUACUGGGACCACUUCCUGGUGGGCGGGUACCUGUCCGCGCGCCUGGUCGCCGAGCAACUGGCCAAGUCGGUCACCGAGGCGAUGAACUGGCCGUCGCUGAGCGGCUCGCUGGGGUGCGAGGUGCGGCCCGUCCUGGGCGCCGACGGCAACGCCGCCGCCAUCCAGCUGGAGGUGUCUCCUAGCAACGAGGAGGAUGGGGAGGAUGCGGAGGAUGGGGAGGAUGGGGAGGAAGAGGAAGAGGAGCGGCUCUUUGUGCGUGUGCUGCCGACGCUCUGCAUCGGAGACGAGUCCGUCUGUGCCGUUCGCCCACCCCCACACACACACACGCACACGCACACACACACACGCACUCCCGCCACAGCAGCGCACACACACUCACACUCACACACACCCUGCUGUGAGCACGCCUGGUUCUACAGCCUGUACCCCAAGGAGGCGGGGCUUCUGGCCAGCCUGGACCAAUCGGACGGCGGCGUGAGGAGGAAGUGCCUGAAAACGCUGAAGGCCGUCUGCCGCACCAACCCGACGCUGCGACCCCUCACGGGUCGUCACCUAGGCAACCUGCUGCUGCACCUCAGCGACAAGGCCACCGAUUGGUCCGAGGAGGCCUUCAGCGGGCGGUUUCAGGAGGCCAUCGAGGAGCUGAUUGGCUAUCUGGAGAUCGGGCGCCUCCCCAACUACUUCAAACCAGCUGUCAAUCACCUGCAGGAGUUCAGCGAGGACGAAAUCGACGAGAUGGGAUUCAUGCUGUACUGUGCAGUGUCCCAGCCAGAGAUAUUACUCAUCUAACACACACACACACACACACACACACACACACACACACACACACACGAGAUGGGAUUCAUGCUGUACUGUGCAGUGUCCCAGCCAGAGAUAUUACUGAUCUAACACACACACACACACACACACACACACACACACACACACACACACACACACACACACACACACACACACACACACACACACACACACACACACACACACACACACACACAUCGACGAGAUGGGAUUCAUGCUGUACUGUGCAGUGUCCCAGCCAGAGAUAUUACUGAUCCAACACACACACACACACACACACACACACACACACACACACACACACACACACAUCGACGAGAUGGGAUUCAUGCUGUACUGUGCAGUGUCCCAGCCAGAGAUAUUACUGAUCUAACACACACACACACACACACAAGAUGGGCUUUAGCCAUGUUAGAAGUAUUACUCACCAGAAUGUUGCAUAUAGACACAGACUUUGGGGUCUUUCAGAGGUUUUACAUAAUAAUAUUAAAUAUAUAUAAAAUAUGUAUCUUAUAUAAUCAAAUACACACACUCUUUCUCUCUUUCUUUUUCUCACACACACACACACACAACGUUCUGGAGUGCACUGGUGAUGUGAAUAGACAUGAAUAAUGUAGAGUGUGUGUGUGUGUGUGUGUGUGUGUGUGUAAGAGAUAU